AUGUCUCAAAGUAUCUCAAGUACUGAAAAAAUUACUGAAAAGGUUGCUUCUCAGCCGGAUUCUGCAGAAGUACACUCCGUCUCCGUUGGUGACUAUAUUGCUGAAACUCGGCCCUGGUACAAGGUCAAACACUUGCGCUUCUUGAGUUUCUGUAUCUUCGUGAUUACAAUUUCUUCAACCAACAAUGGUUAUGAUGGUUCGAUGUUAAACGGUUUGCAGUCCUUGAGUCACUGGCAAAAAACCAUGGGACACCCAACAGGAAAGAGACUUGGUCACUUGAGUAACGGUACAUUGUUUGGUGCCGUGGCCGCCUUACCUUUUGUUCCUUACUUUAGUGACAGAUUUGGAAGAAAGAAAGUUAUCUACGUUGGUCAAAUCCUCGCCGUUGUGGGAGGUAUCUUACAAGGUGUAUCCAAUGGGUAUGGAUUUUUCUUGGUCUCGAGAAUCAUUCUUGGUUUAGGAACGGGUCUUGCAUCGACUCCCUCUCCAGCACUCAUAUCCGAAUUAUCUUACCCUACACACAGAGAAACAUGUACUUUCGCUUUUAACAUCUGUUGGUACUUGGGUGCUAUCAUUGCUUCGUGGGUGACGUACGGAACCAGAAACAUCCAUGGAAAGGCCUCUUGGAGUCUUCCUUCUUACUUGCAAGCAGCAAUGCCAGCAAUCCAAGUGUGCUUGCUCUGGAUGGUACCUGAGUCUCCUAGAUACUUAGUUGCACGUGGCCGCGUGGAAGAUGCUAGGAAGGUGAUUGCAAAGAUGCAUACUGGAAACUCAACUGACCCCAGAGAUGAGGCUUUGGUUGACUUCGAGUUGAGAGAAAUUGAAUGUGCAUUGGAGGCAGAGAGAAUGAACACGAAUGUUUCCUACUUUGAUUUCAUCAAGAAGAAGAGUUUCAGACGCAGAUUGUUCUUGGUUUCUUUUGUCCCUGUUAUGAUGCAACUUUCUGGUAACGGAUUGGUCUCCUAUUAUUUGGUGAAAGUCUUGAUUUCUAUUGGUAUUAAACUGACUAAGAAACAAUUGGAAAUUAAUGGUUGCUUGAUGAUUUACAACUUUGUUAUCUGCGCUACUAUGGCCAGUACUGUUCGCUUUUUCAAGAGAAGAACUAUGUUCCUUACAUGCGUGAGCGGCAUGUUAUUGUCGUACGUUAUUUGGACAGUCUUAUCAGCUCUCAACCAACAACGUGAUUUCAAAGACAAGAGUUUGGCAAACGGUGUGCUUGCAAUGAUCUUCUUCUUCUAUCUUUUCUACGAUAUUGGUAUGAAUGGUUUACCAUUCUUAUACCUUACGGAAGUGUUACCUUACUCUCACAGAACAAUGGGUCUUAAUAUCAUGCAGUUCUGGACGACAGGAAUCUUGAUUUACAAUGGUUAUGUCAAUGCUAUUGCUAUGGAUGCUAUCGAGUGGAAAUAUUAUAUUGUCUACUGUUGUAUUCUUGCUGUUGAAUUAGUUGUUGUUUUCUUCACUUUCCCAGAAACAUCUGGCUACACUUUGGAGGAAGUGGCCCAAGUUUUCGGGGACGAACCUCCUGAAUUGAACAAAAGACAUGCCGACAACGUUGUGGAAAAGCAAUCAGUGGAACAUGUUGAAGUUGUCUAA